AGUGGCGGUGGCGGUGGAGGUGGGCGUUGGGCGGUGGGGGAAGCUUCCAACUGUUGUAUACUAGUAUUACUAGAUGUAAAACAGAGGACCCGACCGGCUUGUGGGAAGAGAAGGUUAUUAUGGACUCCAUUGUUGCAGAGGAGGUUAUUACGGAGCCCACUGAAGCAACAAGUAGUAUGCCACCACCUCGCGGCGGCGGUGAUAGUAGUAAUAGUAUUGGUGGUGGAUCUGAAAUUUCUAAAGAAGAGGGUCUUCGGAGAUUGCUUCCCGAUAACAGUUGCGAAUUUCCCACAGAGAAUCUACCGUAUGAUCAUCUCUGCUCCGGAGUAUUGCUAGAUCAAAAAACAAAGAAGUAUUGGAUUGAUCCAAAAACAGGUUAUAACUAUUUCAUGCUAUUUGCAAGAGAUCUUUCAAUCAAUUGUGGUGAUGACCAACGUCACUGGGAAUGGGCUUAUUUUCUAGAACCAAGCAAUGUGCUCGUUAAAAUAGCAGAACUCAAAAAAGUCUGCAGGCUUGAGUUGCGUGGAAAGUUUGAAACAUCAAAUCUCUCACCAGGAAUCAUGUAUGAGGUUGCAUUUGUGGUAAUGUUAAAAGCUCAUGCCCAUGGAUGGGAUGUUCCAGUGAAUUUGGAACUCAUACUUCCUGAUGGAAAGAAGCAUGAACAUGAAGAGAGUUUGCUUUCGAACCCUAAUGGUCAAUGGGUGGAAAUUUUGGUAGGGGAGUUCAUGACAUCACAAGACAUGGAUGGAGACUUGCAAUUCUCCCUCCUUGAAAUUAAGGGGGGUAAUUGCAAGAGUGGACUUGUUAUCAAGGGUGUCAUUAUUCGACCUAAGAGCUGCAUUACUAAAGAGCAACCACUACAAAAUAAUCAAUUCUCCGUGAUAGCAAAUGAUCUUUCAAUUGAAUGGGGUUCGGACGAGCGUUACUGGCGCUGGAGUUAUAGUAACAAUUGUCACAGUAACAGUUUUACGAACAUGGCCGAAGCUGAGCUUAUAAAAGUUUGUUGGCUUGAAGUGAAAGGAAAGUUCAACACAUCAAAGCUUUCAUCAGGAAUUGUGUAUGAGGUGGCAUUUAUAGUAAUGCUAAAAGAUAAUGCAUAUGGAUGGGAAGUUCCAGUGACCCUCCAACUUGCACUCCCCAAUGGAAAAGUGCAAGAACAUAAAGAAUGUCUUUUGAACAAGCCUAUAGGUCAAUGGAUAGCGCUUUACGUUGGGGAGUUGGAAAAACGUGCCGAAAAAGCUGGAGAAAUUGAGUUCUCCCUCUUUGAAACUGAAGACCUUCAUUGGAAGAAAGGGCUUGUUAUCAAGAAUGUUGUUAUUCAUCCAAAGAACUAAAGUUCAUUAGAGAAGUAUUGUUGUUGUGUAUUAAUAUACAUUGGUGUAACCCCUCAUUUACUAGGUUGAGUUGUUGAGAUAAGUAGUUGUAGCAUGAUAUCAUAGCAAGAGUUCCGAGUUUGAUCCUUAGAAAGUGUGAGGGAUUUAUGUUGUGUUGUGUUGUGUGUGUGGGCAUAACCAUGAGAAGUGGUGUUGUGUCCUCUCAUUGCUAUCAUGGAGUGAAUUUGAUGGAUGAUAUAUUGGAAAAUCAUGCAACUACUACAAGAGAUCUAAGGUCUUGGAUAUUGCUCCGACGUUUUUUUCUCAAUGAUAUUAGCUGACAUUCUCAAAUGAGACAAUAUAUAGAAUUUCUUAAAUCUUUUUGU